AUGCCUAGUGAUAUGCAAAGUAUUCGACCAUUAUCUCCUUUGAUGGUUUACGAACCUCCGCAAAACAAGUGGAAAUCGCUGGGAGUCGUUUCUCUGACGGUCCAAACGCCAACCUCUUCCAACUUUACUCCGCCGGAAACACAACCACCGCCACCAUCUUCGCGAUGGCGUACCCCAGAAUUUUUAUUUUAUGGUCUUGCAUUUUUAGUUGUCGUCCCGUAUAUGGUAAAAGUUCCUUAUGACAUCAGCAAUGAGUCCAAUCCAAACUUUUACAAAAUAUUACCGCGUUUAAAGGAGGGUUGGUUGUUCGGUCGUCAUAUAGACAACAGUGACGCACAAUAUCGAUCUUUUCGUUCUAAUAUCCCUUCAUUACUCGCGCUCUCUACCGUUCAUUUAGUAUUAGGAAGACUAUACACUCGGAUUAAUCGCCUAGUGGCAAGCAGCCCCGGAAAGAGUACUCCUGGAGAUUCUUCUGGCCCUUCUCGUACACCGUUUCUUUUAGUGUUUUCAUUAGUUAUGCUUGCUGGGCUUCACGGUACAAGUGCAUUGAAAAUAAUUGCUAUUCUGGCCGCCAAUUACUGGAUUGCAAUGUUCAAAAUACCUGCCUUGACCUGGGUAUUCAAUGGUGCGGUUUUAUUUACUAGUAACUGGUACGAGGGCUUCCGGUUUGGUUCGGUGCAUGGAGCACUCGCGAGUUUGGACAGCAUACCUGGGUUCUACCCUCGUUGGCAUAUUAGCUUCAACAUUACGAUGCUCCGUUUACUUUCAUUCAACAUGGAUUAUUAUUGGGCGGCUGGUGAGGUAUCGCCAACCGAGCCAAGUGGCACCCUGACCCACAAGCAGCGAAUAGCAGUAUCUCAUCCACUGGAGUCAUACUCAUUCGUGAAUUUCUUAGUAUAUGCCUUAUACCCCGCGCUCUAUAUCGCAGGGCCAAUCAUUGGGUUCAACGAUUUUAUGUGGCAGCUGCGUCGGCCCCAAUGGGCGAAUGGGUCCGAUAGAGUUCCGUUUCCUACCGCCUACGCAAUACGUUUUCUCGGAUGCUUGCUUACGCUCGAAAUUAUCUUGCACAUGAUGUAUGUGGUUGCGAUCAAAGAUGCGCGUGCAUGGCAUGGCCUCAGCCCUCUGGAGUUAAGCAUGGUUGGGUUCUGGAAUCUGAUAGUCGUGUGGAUGAAGGUAGAGCUUGAGUUAUUUUUAAUUAUUAAGAAUAUCGUACCAAAACCAUCAAUAGCUUCUUAUUCCAUGGCGCUUCUUCCGAUUAUGGGCGCUGGCGGAUGGAAUCGAUCCUCCAGAGAACAUGGUCCGAUGCAUGGCAAACAACUAUUCGGCAUUCGGCUUUUGGAGGAGUUGGCACCGUAG